AAUAUAUACAUUCUAUAUUAAUAUACCGUAUAUUUUAUGGGAAGCAUGCCUGAUAACUAGCCAUCAUAUCUCAGCCUGUUCUCAGCUUUACACUUUCUUUUCCCACAAGCAGCUAGCUCCGGUCCUGAUCAGCGGCAAUGGAUCAUUACCCUGAAAACCCUAAUCGUAACCCUAAUUACACACACCUACCCGAGAGUGCUCUUGAUCCUUUGUCUUGGGAUUUCGAAUUGUCGGAGUAUCUGAAUAUGCUUGAUGGUGGCGCUGACCAAGAUUCGACGUCCCAGCUGCAAAGAAUAGCAUCAUCCGAAAAGAUCAUGGAUUCCUCAUCUGCCGGAUCCAUUGGUGUAAUAUCGAGAAAUAAUGACAUAAGAUGCAAAAAUAUUGGUGUGAAGAAAAGUAAGAUGGAUGCUGGUCAUAGGGUUGCAUUUAGAACCCAAUCGGAGCUGGAGGUGAUGGAUGAUGGGUUUAAGUGGAGGAAGUACGGAAAGAAAUCUGUCAAGAACAGCCCAAACCCAAGGAACUACUACAAAUGUUCAAGCGGAGGAUGCGACGUGAAGAAGAGAGUGGAGAGGGACAGAGAAGACGCAAGCUACGUGUUAACAACGUACGAGGGAGUGCACAACCAUGAAAGCCCUUGUGUUGUCUAUUAUAACCAGACACCUCUUAUGGUUCCGACUGGUUGGACUUUACAAGCUAAUUCCUCCCGCUCUUCUUCUUCUUCCUGAAUCCCCCAACCGUCCUGACUCCUUUCCUGGCCUUAAAAUUUAUAUAUAAUAGUGUUAUAUAUAGUCAAAAUAAUAAUAUAUAUGUUCCAUAGGGAUAACCAGAAUGAUCGAGAACAGUGACACUUUUUUCCUGUGUACCAGAUGAUCAUGUGGCAAACAAUUAUUAAAGUAGCUAGGAAUGGAACUGCUGUUUUGUCGGCAUUCGCUUAUCCACAUAUGGGCCUCUAUCUUUUAUGAAUGGGCCCCAGCUUCGGGCUUUCCCAGUACACAAACUAAAUAUGUAUUAAUGCUACUCUUAGCAGGUUUAUUAAUGCUUGGGUUUCUUUUGAAGUUUGUUAUUUUAGCCAACAAUGCUACAAAGCAUAUUAUAUUAUGGACAUCGUGCCAUGUUUCCAAGCGGUGACCUUUGAACCAGCUACUGUAUUCACGCGAUUUUUUUAUAGCGUUCACAACACCCACCCAUGGUGAGAACAAUUCUCUAUCAAGUUCGUUCUCUCCAUCACGAGCCACAUUCCAUUUCGAGCACCUACACCUCACCGACACAAACCAUUUUGCGUACCGUUUGAUUUUUUGUCCAUAAUUGCUGGGAAAA